AUAAAUAUAAUUAGGGUUCGUGACUUUGGGUUUUAUAGGCCGAAUUUGCGCGGCGAGCCAAGAGCAGAGGGCAUAUCAAUGGCGUCAAGGGUUUCUCUGAAAGCGAAAGGCAAGAAUUCCAAGAGCUCCAAGGCAUCAGAGGAGCGAUCAGCGUCUCAGUGCCUGAAGGAGUGGAGCACUUGGGCUAUGAAGAAAGCCAAGGUCGUAACUCACUAUGGAUUCAUCCCCUUGGUGAUCAUCAUUGGUAUGAACUCAGAACCGAAGCCCCAUCUCUCACAGCUUCUUAGCCCCGUCUGAUUAGAUUUUUUUCAGCUUGACUAUGGGCGUCAGCCCCUUUUUUUCGGCUACUGGUCGAAUCUAUUUCGACUCUUUUUUCAUGUACUUCUCUUUCUGGGUUAUGUGUGUUUUCGGAUAUUUUAAGUAGGCCAUGUGACAUGAUGAAGAGGUAUAAGAAUAAUGGAUAUAUAUAGUAUUGUCUUCAUGCUUAGUUU